AUGGAGAUGAACUCCGACGACUCCAUGUCGUUGUCCUCCGAGUCCGGUUGGUCUUCGUCGGACGAUUCGGACAUUGAGGAGUUGCUUCAAGACGAUGACGUGGAGAUGAUGAGCCUCCUCGUCGACGUCCAAGAGAUCGAAGACCGCGCAAAGCUGUUGGAUCAUAGGAGAGGAUCGGUGAUGGGGCGAGAGUACAUUUACCGCAACCGUGGUUUCGGGCACGAGCAACCGUGGGUCGUAGGUACACUCAAUGAUAUCAACGUGCUCAAUAGAUCUCCUUUGUUUGCAAGAUUAGUUUCUGGAGAUGCUCCAACUUGCAACUACAAGGUCAUGAACCAUGAGUACUCAAUGGGAUACUAUCUCACCGAUGGCAUUUAUCCCGAGUGGGCAACUCUUGUGAAGUCCAUCAAGGAGAAAAAUGGUGUGCCCCUAACAAAAAAACAAGCUCAUUUCACAAGGGCACAAGAGGCAGCCCGCAAAGAUAUUGAGAGAGCUUUCGGUAUUUUGCAAGCAAGGUUUGCCAUAGUCCGGGGUCCAGCUCGUUUUUGGGACAAGAAGACCUUGCAGGACAUCAUGACAUGUUGUGUGAUUCUACACAACAUGAUCCUAGAGGAUGAGAGAGGGUUAAACCUCCCUUGCUUCUAUGACAAUGUUGGCACCCGUGUGCAACCGGAAAGGAACCCCAAUCGCGUAGAAGCUUUUCUUGAAGCACAUCAUGCGAUUGAGAAUGCGAACACUCAUUGUCAACUCCGGGAUGAUCUUGUAGAGCACCAUUGGCAGUUGGAUGGGCGGCGCCAAGGCUCAUGA